CAGCGUGACAAGGUAGUUCUGAGGACAGUGAAAAGGAUACGGGCAGCUAGCUUAGCUAGCUAAAUGCAGCAGCUUUUGUUUAGCUGUACGUUCCACAAAUGGCCUCGUUGGAGCGUAAGCAGGGGAAGCAGGAACCCUUCUACUUUAGCUCUGGUGCUAAGAGACCCACCAGUGCUGAGAUAGUGAUGGAGGCACGACGAUCUCUCAGGACGCUCAGCACUCAGAGACCCUUUACCCCAAGGGACGAACACCGGCAGCUCUUUGGAGAUGCAUCAGCUCGUGCGCGAGAUGGAAGACCACCUUCUACAUUCAGCCUUCAUGCUCAGAAUUUCGAAGUUCCUGAUUCCAGGCCAAAUUCAGGGACCCGUUUGUCUCCUCUGGAACAUAAAUCCAGGUUGCCCCUCUCACUGGAUGAAGAGUGCAGUGAGAGCAAAACAGCUGUGCCCAAACCCCCACUCAUGCGCAGAAGGAGCGGCUCAGGAGACACAAGGCCCAGACGUCUCAGAGCAGGCUCGCUCAACCGACUGCCUCCCAUGACUCAGACAUCAAAAUUGCCUCAAACUGAAGGUGGUGUUGAGCCUCCAAAGGUCAGCACAGAGCCAUCUGAGCAAGCAAACAUAGAAUCUCUCCAGCGUCCAGAGGCACCUCUGAAACUUCUCCCACACGCACCAACCAAACACAGUGGGACACCGCAGACCAGCAGAGUUGACUUUCCUCAUGCAAGAGGAACACAAACAGAAGCCGAAUAUGAUUAUGAAUGCAUGACAGGAAGUGAUGCUACAGAUGUUUUCUGGAAUUCUGAAGUGCUUCCUGUUCUGCAGGAGUUUGAGGCUAUUGCAACAGCAGGAGGAAAUGUGUCAGAGGAGACGGUUGAGCAUCUGUGUGAUGCAUGCACAGGUCUCCAUAAUGCCCUGGCAGAGAAAGGUCUUCUGGGAAAGCAGCUGAGGAAAAGGCCCUCUCUUCUCCGGGCUCUGUUUAGACUGAUAGACUUGGGAUCAGACAAGCUCAACCUCACGCUAGCCAAAUUCACACUGGCACUUCAUGUCAGUGGCAACAAUUUGCUGAACAUUUGCAAGCUCAUCUUCAAAAUCAGCCGGAGUUCCAGUAAUGACUUCCUGUUCCAGAAUAACUCCAUUAUAGAUUCCCUCCUCUCAUUGCUACAGUGUGAGGAUGUAUACAGCAGUGGAGAGGCUGUGUUGUACUCUGUGGGCUCCCUGAAGCUCCUCUCAGGAAACAGUGAUCUCUCCCGGCUGCUUUUGGCCAAAGACUUCAUCAGAGUCCUGUUGCAGCUCUCUCAGAGACUGAUGGGACCCACUGACCUAAAUGCUCCACCUGAUCCUGGUUGCACACAGGCACGAGUCGGCCAGCCUGCCAUGGCAGGACACAUACUGGUGCAGCUGACAGCAGCACUGAGAAAUAUGGCUGACCGGUCUGAGUCCCGUUCUGCCUUCUUGUCCAAUGGCAUCUUCCCAACACUCUGUACGGUUAUGGAUCUUCACCAAGAUGACCGAGACAUCUGCCUUAAUGUGGCCCGGAUAUUUAGCAAGCUGUCAUCCUAUGCUGAAUGCUGCUCUGCGCUAGCUGAGACACCGCUCUGCUAUAGGUUAUUUUUAGACAUAUUGAGCAAACACAGCAGGAAACAGGAUCUGGUGGUCCGUCUCCUGUUCACAUUAGGAAACCUGGCAGCCAGGAGCAGUGCCGCCAGAGAGAGAGUGUAUGAGGAGGCAGGGUCCAUAGACAUUCUCUUAGGGCUGUUCCAGAGCUACAAACAAGCAACUGUGGCCUCUAAGAGCCCAAAGUUGCUGCAGAUCCAUGUGCACCAAGAUGAGGAAGUCCUGGUAAAGCUGAUUAGGGUCCUGGCCAACCUGGCCAUCCACCCUGCUGUAGGCAUUGCAUUGGCAGCCAAUGAGUUGUGUGUGCAGCUCCUACUGGAUGUGAUGGAGGUCACUACGGUGGAAGAGAAGACUGAGCUGGUAAUAAAUGCUUCAGCAACUAUCAACAACCUGUCAUAUUAUCAAGGCGAGAGCUCUGUGGUCCGUGCCCAGCACACACACAUCUCUGAGUUGUUGCUAAGGUUGUUGUUAAGUUCCAAUAUGGAUGCUGUGUUGGAGGCCAUGCGUGUGUUUGGCAACCUCUCUCAGAUCAAGUAUGUACGGCACUUUAUCAUCAAGAACAAAGUGCACUGCUUUGUGGUGACCCUGCUGGAUUCCAAAAACCCCAACGUGUGCUUCUCCGCAUGUGGAGUCCUCAUGAACCUCUCUGCGGAUCCGGAGAACAGGAGCAUAUUGAGCAAGGAGGGAGCUGUACACAAGCUGAUUGACUGUCUGAGAGACUUUGGACCUCGGGACUGGCAGUUGGCUGCUCUGCUGUGCCAGACCCUGUGGAACUUUAUUGAGGAGAGAGAGCAUCAAUACACGCAAGAGCUGCUGGCAAUACUGACCCUCUAUUCAGAUCAGGAGGCUUUGCCAUGGCAUUGUAGUGAUGCCCUCAAAGAGUACCAAGAAGCAUGCUGGGAGCUGGAGUUUUUGCCUGUUGCUCAUAGGCUAAAGAAACGUUUACAAAGCCAAUCAAAUUUACUAUAACAAAUUGGUGAGCAUUCCUGAUCAACCAUCCACCACAUCUGAAGUGUGUGGUAUGUAUAUCUAAGUGUGAUAUGACAAGGCGUUUUCAGGGUAUUUACUAAUUGCACUUUAAAUGUUCACAAUGUUUUGACUCUGCCAACAUAAAUGUCCAAUUAUUGUAAACAACAAUACAAGCAAACCUGUUAAUCCAUAUCACACUCUUAAUGUGUAGCAUGGUAAGUGAACAGUGAGUGAGAACAUUGUGAAUGUGAUCUGUUAUAAAAUAUAGUAUCACUUUGCCUGUGUGUAAUGUUUCAAUAUAGUUUAAAUUUACUUAUCAAUAAAGCAACUGAAAUUAAUGGAAGUUACAUGUACCCUCUCAAUUGCAUGUACCAACAAAUCAUAAGGAGGCCAAAACAACACCCAAGGCCAUUGCUGUGAUCCAAAAAGCUUUAACAAAGAAACACAAAUCAAGGAAAAUCCAGAAGGAACAUAAGAUUAUUUUCUCAUAAUAGUUACAUCAAACUGAUGUAUGGCACCAGCUCCCAACCCCCCUAUCCUUUAAGCCCAACAAUAACACUUCACUGCUAUCAUCUGUACCAUUACCUAUUACAGCACUAAAUCGCAUAACUUUCCCACCACUUGGGGUCCAGAAUAAUCAUGUACUCAUAUUUGUUUAAUUUGAUGUCCCAAUUCUUAACAGAAAUGUCCAGCAAAACUGUUGUGCACAGUGGAAGUACCAAAUCGGCAAAGUGAUUUGAUCCUUUCCAGGAAAGGACAGAUGGAAGUCUUUCAUGUGCAUGUUCAUUAUUACUGCAUAGCAGGGGGUGAGCACAUCCUUAUGCAGCUUAUGUUAGUUGUUUGGUGAUUCUGUGCAUGGACUAUACUGUGCUGUUACAAGUUUCAUGGGGCUUAGUUGCAAUUAUGACAACUACUUGUGACCAUUUUGAGACACAAAUUAGAUUUUAAAGUAUAAGUGAAAAUAAACAGUCUGAUCAUAUAGUUCUACCUGUUUUCAAAUAAAUGUUUAUUUUUUAAUAACGAUAUGAAGACUUCAAACAAUUGCCACAACGAAAGUGGAUGUGAUUGUUUUGAUGCAACUAAAAUCUGUCGGAAAACAAAAACAAACAAACAAAAAAAAACGGCUGAAAUAUGACUGUUCCAAAGUGAUCAAGAAAAAAGUAAAACAUAUUUAAAGGUUUUUUUUUGUUAGAAAAAUGUCAGCAUCUCAUUAACUGACAAAUCUCCUAAAACUGAUAAAAAAACAACAACCUUACUUCUUACCAUCCUUGUCCAAAAGAAAACGUACCAGCCCUCUCCCCUCCUGUUUUACCGCUCCUCUACACCUGACUGUUCCAGCCACCAGCAGAACGGCAGUACGUGAUUAGUAAACAAACAAAACAAAAAAAA